UAGAUUUUUUGGGAAAAACAUUUGGACUGUUCUAAAAUCGUUUGAUUAGGGCUGUUAUUAGAUCUCUGAUGAUCUAGAAUUCUAUAUUAACACAAGAUCCUAUAGUUUUCUGAUCUUAGAUAAAACAUUAUUUAUGGCUGCAAAUAAUUCUAGAGUUACUGACUUGUAUAAGCUAAAAAAAAGAACACAUGGAUUUAAAAAGGAACUUGGAGAAAAACCAAGCACCAGUAAAAGUCUUAAAAACAAACCUGCUUUAAAAAAUGUUGAAGUUCUUAAAAAGUUUGAUAUGACUUGGGAAUAUGGUCCUUGCAUUGGUAUAAGUCGAAUGGAAAGAUGGAAAAGAGCUGAAAGACAUGGCCUGAACCCUCCCACUGAAGUUAAAGAUAUUAUCAGUAAACAUGAAAAUGAUAAAGAAUAUACAGAAUGUGUGUGGAGCUGCUACAGUACUUUGAAUUGAAAAGAAGAAGAAAGUUUUUCAGUCUGUUUA